AUGUGUUCUUCUGUAACAGAAGUGUUAGAAACGGAUCUUUUGAUUUCAAUGAUUUUGGCAAUCAAACGAGGCGAUCAAUACAUGAUCGAAAACCUAGCCAAACUUGGAGCUCCAGUUGGUGAUCUAAACGUCAUGCUUAUGGCAUUUAAAAUGGCUGAUAGAGAUAUUGUAACGUUUUUGUUGGAUCUUGCUGACAGAAACAUCAGCAGUUACAGAAAGAAUGGCAAAAGUCCAUUGAUUCUCUUUGUUGAAGAAAACAAUAUUGAAGCCGUUAAGUGCCUGCUCAACAGCAAGCACUUCACUGAAAAUGAGAUCGAUUUUCAAAGUGAAGAUGAUCCAUGCAACGAAACUGCAUUACACAAAGCAUGCAAGAACAAUCAAGAGAAAAUAGUAGAGCAGCUACUACUGGCAAAUCCAAAUCUCUUGCUAAGAGAUGUGAAUGGAUAUUGUCCAAUUCACGUAGCAGCAUUGACUGGAAAUGUCGAAAUAGUAGAACAACUUUUGAAGCACAACAUGAAACAAGCUGAUUACCCUGUCAAUUUGUCUGACAACCUGAAACAUGUCAAACUGUAUCACAUUGCCGUCUGGAAGGAAGAUGCUGAUGUUAUUGAACUGCUGGAGCGGCUGGGUAUAUCACCAGGUUGUACAGAUGAUGAUCAGAAAAAAUCUCCAUUAAUGUUUGCCAUACAAGAAGAAAGAUGUCAAAUUGUCAUGAAACUGGCUGAUAUAUCAGUAAAGCACGAGGUUCACAACAUGUCUGAUCACAGAGGCAAUACAGCAUUGCAUAUUGCCAUUGAGAAAUUGCCAUAUUUAAAAGAUCCAAAGGAAUCCGAAGUAUAUAAAGAAGUAAUUUCGUUUCUUUGCCAAACUGGUAUAAAUGUUUUUACGGCAAAUUUGGAAGGAAAGUCCGCUUUGAUGUUGGCCGAAGAAAGUAAACAGUUUGAUGUUAUGUCAAAGUUAGAGAGAUACAAAUUCAGCAGUUCUUCAUUGUCACAGGAAACUGAAACUGAACAAAAUGCUUCUGAGUGUGAUGAUGCAAGUCCUACCCCUGCGAAAAGAGUAAAACAUGCAUAA